AUGUUUGUGGUAAGUCAACUUCUAGUCUUCUUUACCUUAAUAGCAGAAUAGGGUUGUUCUCGUAUUUUUGGUUGGAAUUCUUUAGGAACAAUCACCCAGUUUUACGGACGAGGUCGCAGCGAGAGAAACGCUAUAUCGCGGGGGAGCCGCGAGCUAUAUCGCUCGCCUCUCGGCGCAAGGUCGCUCACAUCUCGCUGCUAUGUCGCUCUUUCAAAAAAAUUUUUUAGCUCGAUUGGGCUUUUUUUUUCUUGAUUUGCUUUCUAUUCUUCAUACUUUUUUAUUGGGUUGUAAAUGAUAACAUAUCGGUCUUUAUCAACCUUCUUUACUUUUUUUAUUUAAUAUAAACAAUAUAUUUUAAUGAAAAACUUGAGAGCAUUAAAGAAAUUUCCAAAUAAUUGAUGAUACAUUUUCGAAUUCGAAGUAAACUGAAAGUAUGUACAAAUCUGAAGAAGAUUGAAUUGAGGCGAAAGAGUGAAGCUUCAAGUAAGAAUAAAAAAAGGACAAUAUGAGGAAAAAAACAUGUGUAUCGUUCACUUUUUCAUAGGGAAAAAAAUGUGACUAGGAAAAGAGUAGUUUCAAUAAAAACAGAAAAAGUAAAACCGAUUGUAAGCUCGUAGAUGAUCUUUAAAAAGUUCAAAUUAGAAAAAAAUGAAUGAGGGAGGCUCGAAAUGAAAAUGAAAGAAGUUUUUGAAAAAAAGAAAAAUUAAGUUAAACAAUCAGAUUGACCCUAAGUUCCCUUUAAAAAAAUGUUACUGUAAGCUUUUGACUCGAUAGUUUUUCGGCAUAUCCUUCAUUUGCUGCGUCAAGAACUUUUCUAAAUGAUAAAACCGGUAAAAAAAGAGAAAUACUGAAAAAAAGUCCAACCUUGAAUAAGAGAAUAACUCACAGGAGCGACUGUAUCAAGACAGCAGUUCGUGCUUUCUCGAAAUCAUGCCUCAUUUCUUCUUUUCCUUACCCAUCGACGCCAAAGUGCAAAUCAUAUCUUCAAGUAAAAAAAUGGAUAUACUGUUUCAAAAAUAGUUUACCAAGAAUCUUAUUGAUUGUAUCCAAAAGCAAAGUUUCGGUGCCAUCUCCCACGGAUCUUUCUUGACUUUUAUUGAUCGAAAAAAAAAUGUUAGAUGCCAUUUUGAAAUACUAAUAACCUGAAAUUCUUGGUUAAAAAAAUGAAAAAUGCGAAAAAAAGGACUUUCAAAUUCAAGAAAGGUGUGCAGUUCCGUCAAAAUAUAUACAAAAAAACGCUUUUUAUCACAACUUUCUUUAAUGGGAUUUCACCCUUUGAAACUCUCUGGAAAUAUGAUGACUGUUGAUUGUAACACCGUGGUGAAAACUUAGAAACACAGCUGAAAAAGUUUCAGAAAGAUUGAGCUCUAUACGAGGAAGUUGUGAGCGAAAAAAAUAUUUUUUUCCUCUUCUGACGGUACUGUAUGAGCGUUACAUUAGUUGUAAAAUUAACAUUUUAGAAAUAUUAAGUGAAAAAUAGACAUAAAAAAAUCAGAGAGAAUAUAACACACGAAAAAUAAAACAAUUCAAGUAAAAAUUUUUGAUGGCACGUAAAUAGUGACCAAUCGAUAAUCCGCGACCUCGCGCCGAUAUCGCGCCGGGAGUUUGCUAGAGCUGAGCGAGAUGGCAGCGAGAUAUGUCGCUGCUAUGUCGCGCCACUCUCGCUGCGAUAUAGUCCACGAAACUGGGUGAUUACCCCAGGUACAUACGAUUACGAUAUUUAUCAGUGAAACGAUAGUUUUUGUGAUUUUCUUGCUUUUCUACCACUACUGCAUUUUCGUACGACGCAUUCGACAGUCAAUGGAAAGCGUUAGACGAAAGCAGAAGAGCUUAAAUAUGUGUGGUAUUUUAGAAAGAUCACAGCGAACAUAUAAAAUGUAAAAGAGCACCGGAGCCUGUGAAGGAGACUGGAAAUCGGGUUCACCAUUAUGAAUGAAUGAUCGUUUUAUAAUUAUACUUUUAGUCUCAAAAAAGCGUUCAUGAAGAUUUUACGCAAGAAGAUGACGACGUAUUCAGUAGUAAAAAUAUUCGACAACCGGUUAAUAUUUUUCCUCUCUAUAUCAGUCCUUCCAAGAAAAUUCAGGGAUCUGGUAAAAAGCAUAAAAAAGUUGCGCCCACAUCGAAAAAUGAUGAUAACACUCAAACUUCAAAAAAUGAAAGACGGUUCGCUGUGGGAAGAGUUACCAAGAUUUACUGAUUUUCAGAGCCCUAGACUCGCCCUUACUGAAAACCGCAACUGAAUCUGCUUCAACUCAAACACUGUUCAACAGCCCUGCAGCACAGGUUGAACAGUGUUUCAAGACUCCUCCCGGAAAAUCUCUUUAGAACAACACAAGACGUUGGUGAAAACGACGCCUGACUGAUAUUAUUUCGACUUCUUUUUGUGCUGAUUAAUAAUAUUUUUAUAUUAUCUCACUUUUUAUUUAUUUCUUUAUUGUCAGAACAACGCAAACAAUUAGGGUACAGAUAGAAAGGAAAUAAUAUAACAUUGGACAGACAACAAAGCUAAAAAGGUCAUAUGGUGCCCUAACGAGCAGCGACCGUUCGCAAAAAGAGAAGAACAAAAAAAAUGAUAAAAUAUAAAAAAAGACGUAUAAAAAAAAAAUGAAGGUUUAUGCCAUUUGUAAAGUUAGACACAACUUAAAAGCGCUCGGAAGUAUUUAAAAAAACUACGAAACAGUCAGAUUAAUUUGUCAACAAUCUUCACGUUAAAUGUAAUGAAUAAAAUAAAAAGAUUUUUUUACAAUUACAAAAAAAUUCCUCUCAAAAAAAUUUGUAUAUCCCUUCAAAUCGGAACUCUUCGUGAAAGUAUGUAUAAAAGUCUAAGACCUCGUUGAAUUCAAAUCGUGUUUUUUUCUUAUGAAUUUUAUAAUGAAUUUGAACGAGCCAAAGAAAGAAAGAAAUAAUCGCCAAAAUGAUCGCUGGUGUGUUCAAAAAUGAAAAGUUUGAGAAAUCGUUAGUUCUAAUAGUUUUCCGUAGGCUUUUAAGCUUUAUCAAGAUUUUUUAUUCAACCUAGUUCGCCAAGUUCCUCCCAAUUUCUCAAUUUGAAAAUUAACGUCGUAAUCGACUCAAAAAUUUUGAGGGCCGUCUUUUCGCAUUUAUCUGACAUGGCCGAGUUUUCCUAAUUUACCAGGGCGCGUUUGUGUUCACGAUUUUGAUAAUUUUCUUUCUUCCUAAACUUUUUGGAAAGUUUCUUAUGUCGUGUCCAAAGUGAUUUUCGCGAAACUCAAUAAUAGCCGCCAGAGAAUGAUAAAGAGAACUAAAUUUUGGAAAGACAGAGAUGAUGUUGCAUUCCGCGGAAUUUACUUUGAACACGCCAUUAUAUAUAAAAUUUAUUGAAAACAUUUUUUGGUGUUUUUUUUUCAAAAUUAUAUGAUUUUUUUUUUGAUUAAAUAAAUUAGUAUGUCUUUUUCAGAUGCUCAAAGCAAUGUAGCCUGUUCAAAGCUUUGACCUUUAAAGGUAGACUUUUUGUGAGUCUACUAUGUUCUGAACAUUUUUUCUAUUUUAGACCCUUCGCUAAUCCGGAAUAACUUUAACUUUAACUCUAUGAAUGAGAUACGAAUUCUCAAUGUUUUAGGGUAACAAAUUGCGCGUCCUGAAAAUGGCCGGGGCUUUGAAAGAGAGGAAGAAGGUCGCCCAACUCCUUGAGAAGGAGACCGAGAUUCAAAAGUUGUGGCAACAGGAAAACGCCUUUGAAGCAAACUCGACAGAGUUAGUCUUUUUCGUGUUAUUCGAAAUAAAUGAGCUUUAGUGGACGAGAGAAGUUUUUAGUAACUUUUCCCUACCCAUACAUGAAUGGUCGAAUCCAUCUUGGACACACUUUUACCGUCUCAAAGUGCGAGGUUUUUCAUUUGAUGUUGUUCUACAUUGAGAUAAUUUUUCAGUUCACCGCAGGUUAUCAAAGACUUAAAGGUCGAAACGUUCUUUUUCCUUUCGGCUUCCAUUGCACUGGGAUGCCAAUAAAGGCUUGUGCUGAUAAGCUGAAACUGGAAAUGGAAGACUACGGAUACCCGCCUCAGUAAGAAAACAUGUCUGAUCAGGGUAAUGGAUUGGCUAAGAUUUCCGGAAGGCGCUGACCAACCGAAAGAAAAAGAGAAAUUGUCAGCUAUCGAAGAAAUAACAAAAGACAAGAGUAAAGGAAAGAAGGUCGGUUAACCCGGAACUUAAUUUUUCAGUUUUAUUCUUUUCCAGAGUAAAGUGAUUGCGAAGUCCGGCAACGCAAAGUACCAAUGGCAAAUCAUGCAAUCUCUUGGAUUGGACGAUGAAGAAAUCAAGAAGUUCUCUGAUCCUAACUACUGGCUCAACUAUUUUCCCCCGCACUGGAUGAGCGACCUCAAGAGAAUGGGACUCAAAGUUUUUUCUCUCCACGUGAAACUUUUAUCUGACGAACUUAGGCCGACUGGAGAAGGUCUUUCAUCACCACCGACGUCAAUCCUUACUACGACUCCUUCGUCCGUUGGCAAUUCAACAAACUUCGCGCAGCCAGCAAGAUCGAUUUUGGCAAAAGGUAGCUCAAGCGUUGGAAACAAGAGUAACUGUUGGAACGGGCAGAUACACGAUUUACUCGCCGAAAGACGGCCAGCCAUGCAUGGACCACGACCGCGCGAGUGGGGAAGGUGUCGGUCCGCAGGAGUACACCUUGAUCAAGCUCCAAGUCUUGGAUCCCAAGCCUCAGACUCUCGCUUCGAUCAGCCAGCCCGUCUUCCUCGUCGCUGCUACUCUCCGUCCUGAGACGAUGUUCUGAUUAUCUUCUAUCAUUUUUGACGGCUUUCUUUCCUUUUUAGGUACGGUCAGACCAACUGCUACCUUCACCCAGACAUCAACUAUUCGGCAUUUUAUGCAACUGCUAAUGAGGACCAGGUCUUCAUUGCGACUGCCAGGUGCUUUUUCAUAUCGGAAAAAAACGGAAUGAAAAAGUAUUGUAGAGCUGCACGCAACAUGUCCUAUCAAGGGCUCACCAAGGAAGACAGCAAAAUUAGAUAUGUCGAAGGACUCGAAAAGGUUUUUUUUAAAUUGCUCUUUGUAUAUCUUAGCAGAAAGAAGUCUGAGGUUAUCUUGAAAUAAUUUAGAGUUUUAUAUUUCGUUCAUAACUGUUUUCAAAGGUUCCUGGCAGCAAACUUCUUGGCGCCGCUCUGUCUGCUCCAUUGGCCCAUUAUAAACGGGUCUAUGCGCUUCCAAUGCUAACCAUCAAAGAUGACAAAGGUUCACAAUAAUUUUUUCUAUAAGUGAUUGAAAUUGAUUAUCUCAAGGAACCGGCGUUGUCACGUCUGUGCCCUCCGAUUCUCCUGAUGAUUUCGCCGCUCUCACCGAUCUCAAGAAGAAAAAACCGUUGCGCGAGAAGUACGGCAUCACUGACGAAAUGGUCCUACCAUUCGAACCUGUGAGUAAAUCCAAGAAAGUUUUGAAAGAUGGAAACAUUAUUUCAGGUCCCUAUUAUUGAAAUCGAAGGUCUCGGAAAGUUGGCGGCUGUGGAAAUGUGCUCGCGGCUGAAGAUAGAGUCUCAGAAUGAAAAAGAUAAACUGGAAGAAGCGAAGAAAGAAGUUUAUCUCAAAGGAUUCUAUGACGGAGUGAGAAAGGAAGCAUUCCAUUUUCUUCAUUUUUUUAUUUCUAGGUAAUGAUUGUCGGCAAGUACGCUGGAAAGAAGACGGCCGAUGUGAAGAAAAGCAUUCAAGACGACUUGAUCGCCGAAAAUUUGGCUCUGAAAUAUGUGGAGCCCGAAAAGAAAGUGAUCAGUCGGAGCGGGGAUGAGUGUGUCGUCGCUCUCUGCGAUCAAUGGUUGGGUUCCAGAUGAAAUAUUCUAACGAAUAUCGAUCUUGAGGUAUUUGAACUACGGCGAUGAAAACUGGAAGAGAGAUGCCAAAAGAGUUUUGGAGCAAGUGAACACCUUCAAUGAGGAGGUAUAAUUUGAAAAACUUUACGCAGAGUGGGAAUCAAAAAAAAGUACGUUAUAUAAUUAUAUAUUUGUAUACAUUGAAUCGAAACUCGAAGAAAAAAACAGUUGGUAUCUUAAUUUUUUUCCGCAGAACGGCGAAAAAUUGUUUCACUUAAAUAGUUUUUUCCAAAAUUUUUGCUAGUUUGUUCAAAGAAGUGAGAAUUCUUUUUCCACUGUUGUAUCUGAAAUAGAAGAAUUACAUUGAUAUUGUUAAGAAUAGGUUUUUCUUUAUGAAGUUUUGCUGAUAGGAGAAGUCUUUUUACUCAUGAUUGAAAACCGGCAAAAAAAACAUAGGUAAUAAAAAAUAAAGCUCUCAUUCGCCUAAGGCCUGGAGAUGCAGGCCCCUUUUAAUUUCUUUUUUCCAGUCUGGAUCUUCGAAAUUUCGAGUAGAAUGAUCUCCUUGUCUCGUCCUUCUAUUUGUUACUUCCCUCAAUGAUUUCCUAUAGACACGGCGGCAACUGGACGUGACCAUCGACUGGCUGCACGAGCACGCGUGUUCUCGGAGUUACGGCCUGGGAACGAAGCUUCCGUGGGAUCCGCAGUACUUGAUCGAGUCGCUCUCCGACUCGACCAUCUACAACGCCUACUACACGGUCGCGCAUCUCCUGCAGCAGGGCCCUCUGGACGGAAGCGUCGUCGGUCCGGCAGGAAUCCGCCCGGAUCAGCUGACAGAAGACGUCUGGAGCUAUCUGUUCCUCGGAGCGCCCUACGACGCCAAGACGAUGCCUGUUGAGGAAGAGCGUCUUCAGAGCCUUCGCAAGGAGUUUUUGUAUUGGUUCGUGUUUUUCAGUGGAAAAUGAAUCGAAUAGGUAUAAGAAAAGAGGCUGCGUUGUUGAAAACUUUUGAGAAACGUUAUUUAAAGAAUAGUUAAACAGUGAUUAAUAUAAUAGUCGCUCUGAUAUGAAUUUAUCGUCGAAAAAGUCGUCUAGAUUUGUCAAGAAUGAUUUGAAAAAAAAAAUUGGAAUGAUUCAUGAAAGAAUUCAUGAAAAAAUAUUGAUAGAAAAUAGCAUGGUUUUUUUUGGAUUUUUUUUUUCGAACUCAGAUAUUAUAAUCAGACGUGUAGAUAGUUUUGUGUACAUUAUUCCCAAAAGAGUUUUCAUUAAUUUAGAUAUUUUAGGUACCCGAUCGACAUGCGAGCUUCUGGAAAAGAUCUUCUGCAAAACCAUCUAUCCUACCUCAUUUUCAACCACGUUGCCAUUUGGCCUGAAGAUGAGCAAAAAUGGCCAAAGGGAAUUCGCGCCAACGGCCAUUUGCUCCUCAACAAUGAAAAGGUUCCCGAAAAACACUUUUUCUUCUUUCAAGAUAAUUUUGAAGAUGUCCAAGAGUACGGGUAAUUUCAUGACCCUCGAAGAGGCGAUCGAAAGGUUUUCGGCCGAUGGAAUGCGUCUUUCACUUGCGGUUCCUCCAAUUCCUCCAAUUCCUUCAACCUCAUCUAUCGGAUUGAUUUUAGGAUGCCGGAGAUGGUCUUGAAGACGCCAAUUUCGUGUUCAGCAUGGCGGACGCUGCUAUUCUUCGUCUGUUCAACCUUAUCGAAUGGGUCAAAGAUAUGGUCUGUUGGAUGAUAAUAUAUUCAUUGUUCAGUCUUAAUUUAUUUGCAGGUUGCAUUGAGAUCAUCCAAUAGUUUCCGAAAAGGCGUAUCAACUUUUGCCGAUCGCGUUUUCCUCAACGAAAUGAACAAGGCGAUUCUCAUUACGGAGAAACACUACGACCAGACUUUGUUCAAGGACGCUUUGAAAACUGGCUUCUUUGAGUACCAGGUAGAUCUUGAAAAAAGUGAAGAAUUCUGAAAAGUCUUAAAAGUUUUUUUUUAAAAUCUUUCUUUCACUCUAUCAAAAUUGAUAAAAAGGAAAAUUUUUUAUUUCUGUCUUCCCUUUUUUUAACACAGUUUGUCGAAAAGCUAUCAAAUUUCUAGCUGCGACGCACAAUUGGAUGAAAAAAAUUGAGUAAACCUUCACCGUUUAAUUUUAAAAAUGAAAGUUCGAAAAAUGCCGCCACUUGGUUUUUAUUUUUCCGAAAAAGUUCAUCUGCAGGCCCUUCGGGACAUGUACCGAGAACUGUGCGGCGGUUCGGACUCAGCCAUGAGUGAAGAACUCGUUUUCCGUUUCAUCGAAACGCAAGCCUUGAUCCUUUCUCCGGUUUGUCCACACAUCGGGGAACAGAUUUGGCGCCUUCUUGGAAAGGUACAAGAAAGAUUCACGAAGUUGCAACUCUUUUCAUUGUUUUCAAGGAAGGUCUUAUCGUUAAUUCGAGUUGGCCGAAAGCUGAGCCCGUUGAUGAGAAAUUGUGUCAGGUUCGUUUUUUCCACAAAGAUUCCGAAGUUUUACAUUAUCUUCCCGGAAAUUAUCAUUCAGAGCCUUUUUUGUUUUGCUGUUAUAUUUUGAAAGAAUCACGGAAUUUCGAACAGUAGUUAUAUAGUCUGUCAGUUUGUCGAUAAUUUCAUUUCAAAAAAAAAGUUACGAACUUUGAAAUGAUGCCUUUUUCAAGGAGUUUCAAUAGCAAGGAAUACAAAGGUUUCAAAAAACGUGGCAGUUUUUAAAAAAAUUCCAAGGGGGAAAAGUUUCAGGAGGCCAACUUUAUGAGAGACACAAUGACAGAGUUCCGGGCUCGACUGAAGAACUACCUGCAGCCGAAAAAGAAGGCAGCCGUCGAGGCGCCGACGGAAGCCGUCAUUUUUGUCGCCAAGGAGUACCCGCCUUGGCAAAAGACCAUUCUUUGUCUCCUCCAGCGCCUUGCUCAAGUUUAUAUCCAAGUGAAAAUGCAAUAAUGUUAUUUUGGCGCUCAGGAGCACAACGGAACCUUGCCGGACAACAAAGCGAUAUCUUUACUGCUUGGAAAGGAAGAAUCCCUGAAGAAGUACAUGAAGAAGGCCAUGCCGUUUGUGCAGAUGAUCAAAGUCGAGUACGAACAAAAAGGAGAGACGGCUCUUUUCUUCGAGAGUCUUUAUGACCAGGUAUGAGUUGAUCUCUAAGAAAAAUAUCGAAAUGGAUGAAAUCAAAGACAUAAAUAAUAAUGACGAAGGCGACUUUUUUUACAAUCUUUAGUAAAAAAAAAUUCAUUCUUUGUUAAUCACUAUGUAAAAAAACAAAUGAAAAUUGAAGUUGAGUUCAUUUUUUCAGACGGCUAUAUUGACGGAGAACACGGAUUAUAUCAUGAAUGCUCUGGAUCUCGACCGCCUUUCUAUCAGGCACACUGAUGAGCAAGGAAUCGACGCCAAUCUCAUCGAAACCAUCAUGCCCGGCGCACCUUUGAUCAACUUUUUGCCUCCAGGAGUUGGUUUUCCGACUUUGACCCAUUUUUACAUGGAACCACUAUUUUUUAAAAAGACAGCGCAAUCACAUCCAGAUCGCCGCAAUUUUAAAGUUCCGUAUAGCUGAUCCACGGCUGGCUUGAGCCAUCAAGAAAAGAUUCUUGACCCAAAGAAAAAAUAGAUAGUGGUUGGUUGAUGCAGAGCUCAGACAGACCACGCCCUUUCUAUAUUUUAGUUAUUGACAGUUUUCUGAAAGAUGGAAUUUGUCUUAUCCCACAAAAGGGUCUCUCCGUAGGCUUCUGUGAAGUUAACGGCACGGAACGUCGAUGUCGCCAACGCGAUGUUCGACGUCGAACUCCCAGUUGUGGAUGGAGAUUCCGUUGGAUUGCUUCUGCGCAAACUGCGUCGUUUGAAUAAAGCCGUCAAACGUGAGGCUUCUUGUUCCAAACUUCCUAAAUUUUCAUUAUAUUCAGCGCGAAUGACCGUCUCUCUCUAUCGAUAUAAAGAUCCUGUUGGAGGCGACCGCAAACUGAUCCGGUGUUCCGAGCCUUUGGUGGAGAACGAGCUGAUGCCGGAGAACGGUCAGUUGCUUUUUUCUCAUUUCGAUCAUCGAAUCGAGACAAUUCUAAUUUUCAGCGCUUCUUCAAGUUGCCGAGGACAAGAAGAUCUCCUUGUCACACGGAGGAUCUAAACAACCUCUCGGAGAAACUAUUGUCUAUGUGGCCUCUUCGAAGUGA